CAGUGGGAGGAGCCUGUGACAAUGAAUGUGCUGAGGACACAUGUUUACAAUGAUAGGGGGAGAGAGGGGGAAGAAUGGAGCUGCUGCACAGGACCACUGCACACUAUGGUGCCUCUAUUAAACAGCCUGGCAGUCAAGGGAGCUAAUGAAAGUCACUGCAGAAGGACACCAGAGGGGCUGGGUGUCAUGUGAUACACAUGCUGAACAAAGAUUCAAUGUGUCAUCACAAAGGCUGAUAGCGUUUGUUUUUGACGUCACUGUUCUGUGCUAAGUACAACACACUCUCCUUGUUCCCUGAUAUCUCAAACAAGCAGGAAGUGUGACAACAACAAGGACAAAGUAUCAUUUCUCAGGGAUGACCAGUUCUCAGCUGCUGGACACUUCAUCCACAGAGUCUGUGUUUGGUGCCCAGCCUCCCCACAGGAUGACAUCCACGGUGUCUGCGGUCCCCUGUGAUGUGUUUGGCCCCUCGCCGCCCCCUCCAGCUGUUUGGCCACCCCUGGACUUCGCCCUGGGUGCUCUGGCCUGCUGCGCGGCAUGUGUGUUCACCAAUCCCCUGGAGGUUGUGAAGACCCGUCUGCAGCUCCAGGGAGAGCUGUGUGCACGUGGAUCCUACCAGAGGCACUACCGGGGAGCCCUCCAGGCCCUGUGGGUGGUGGGCCGCACAGACGGGCUCCGGGGCCUGCAGAAGGGCCUCUCAGUCGGCCUGAUCUACCAGGGUAUGAUGAAUGGUGUGAGGCUGGGCUCCUAUUCCUACUGUGAAGCUUUUGGUAUCACCUCACUGCACGGGGGGAGUCUGCUGGCAGGGGCAGGGGCUGGGGCACUGGGGGCCUUCAUUGCCUCUCCUGCUUACCUGGUGAAGACUCAUCUCCAAGCUCAAACUGUGGAAGCCAUAGCAGUCGGUCACCAGCAUAACCAUCUGGGAGUGUCUGAUGCCUUUACCUCCAUCUAUAGAAGAGAAGGUUUGAUUGGUCUCUGGAGGGGUGUGAACGGGGCCGUGCCGCGAGUCAUGGUGGGAUCAGCUGCUCAGCUGGCGACCUUCACCUCGGCCAAGGAUUGGGUGUCACAUACCCAGUGGCUCAGUCCAAACAGAUGGCUCACGGCAUUGGUCGCUGCCAUGAUCAGCGGCGUCGCUGUGGCCAUCACCAUGACGCCAUUUGACGUCAUUAGCACGAGGCUCUACAACCAGCCAGUGGAUGAGUUUCGUCGGGGACGUCUGUACCAUGGGUUUUCAGACUGUAUGCUGAAGGUGUGCCAAGCUGAAGGGCUGCUGGGGUUUUACAAGGGCAUGGGCCCAGUCUUCCUACGUUUGGCCCCACACACAGUGCUCAGCAUGCUCUUCUGGGACCUGAUGAGGCAUCAUAGAGUCGACCAGAGCCAGGGGAGGAGCUAAAACUACCAAAAUGCAACAGCUUGACUCAGUUAGAGCUGUUGGAGUGGUCCAUCAGUGAAUAAAAGACAAAUGACGAUUAUUGAUACCACUGUCGUGUCGGUACAGCAGUCGGAGCCAGGGUAGAUAAGUCGCUUUGUUUCCAGUCUUCAUGCUGUACUUUUAUAUGAACUGUGCAGGGUCACUGUCGCCUCACAGCAAAAAGGUUCCCGGUUCUUGCUGUGUUGCGCGUUCUGCAUGGGUUUUCUCCAGCUACUCCCGUUUCCUCCCACAGCUCAGAGACAGUUCAGAUCCCAGAAAGUCAGGAUGUUGGAUUGACAUACAGAAGACAGACACAUGUUGCACAGACUGACAGAAUUCCUCUAGAAACUCUCUGAUACAUAUGUAUGAAGCUAUUAACAAGCUAUCAGGGUUUUGCCUUAAAAUACCUCAAAUGAUGAUUAAAAAGUGAUUUCUCUAUGGCUCACACUGGAAUGAGAGAAAUGCCUCCUGUUUAUGUUGCGAGCAAUUCAACGAAGCACACGAACAAAUCUGGAUUAUUACAAAGUGUCUAUUCCAUGUUAAAAAUCAGGCUGCUGAAAUGUGUUGUGGUUUCAUACAUACCUCUUGUUGCCUUUGUUGUAUGUAAAGAAAAAAACGUGAUGGGGAUGUUUUGUAUUUACACACAUCAGCUGCUGGUUCAGAACGGCAAGGAUGCCAUUUGAUUUUUUUUAUUUAACCCAAGGGAACUUGAAGCCUUUGAACAGCAGUUAAUAAAAAAAAUGAGAAUAAUAAUAAAGACAUUUCCUUGUAUGACA